CCCAUUUUGCUAAACCCACCAAUAUAUAGAGCUCUCUUGUUCUUCCUAUACAAUUCUCGUUUUGCCUUUUCCCUCCCAAACAGACCCAUUUGCUUUCUUUGUUACUUUCUUUGUUUCUGGGUUUUUUCUUGAAUGCUGAUUCUUUCCGUGACCCAGAUUCCCAAUCUCCCAAAAUCUUAAGUCAUUCUUUACCUUGCUGCAUUCUUAGAAAACGAACCCAUUUUCUUGAACAAGCUUUGUUCUCUGUGUUUUUAACCUCCCCAACUAGUUUUCAUCUCUCUAAAUUCACCAGCUUUGUGAGUUUAACCCCAAAUUCCCAGAGACGUCAACAUGUUUGGGUUCAGAAAACCCAAAUUCACCACUAAAUGCAAAACUGAUAUAAAGAGCAUCAAGGUGAGGCUUGAGGCGAUUAAGAAGAAGAGGAACUCUGUGCUCAAGUACUUGAAGAAUGAUGUUGCUGAUCUUCUCAAGAAUGGCCUUGACAUUAAUGCAUAUGGGAGGGCUGAGGGAGUUCUGGUUGAGCACAAUAUGUCCGUCUGUUAUCAACUAACUGAGAGCUUUCUCGACUGUAUCCUGAGUAAUCUUUCUCAAAUGCAGAAUCAGAGUGAAUGUCCUGAGGAGUGCAAGGAAGCUGUUUCAUCUGUGAUAUAUGCUGCAGCAAGAUUUUCUGAUUUGCCAGAACUGCGUGAUCUCAGAAAUAUGUUCACUGAAAAAUAUGGAGAUUCCAUACAAGCUUUUGUGAAUAAAGAGUUGGUGAACAAGUUCAAGUCAAAGCCCCCUACGAAGGAGAUGAAGGUACAAUUAAUGCAUGACAUUGCGAAAGAACACUCAAUCGAAUGGGACUCCAAGGCUCUUGAACAAAAGCUCUUUACACCACCUCCAACAGACAAGGCGGAGACUACACAUGGUUCUCAAUGUGACAGUGAUGAUGAUAUGUACAGAUCACAGAGAAAGGAUAAUGUUCAUUCUAAGAGAAAAAAUAAGGGUGAUGGAGACAGACAGAGGUUUGUAACUGGUGAUACUGAAUACAAGCUGCAUAGCAGUAGCGAUGAUGAAGCAACAGAUAUGUCCCAUGAUGGCCGAAUGCCUGCUUCAAGUUCAGUAGGAAGUAGAUCAGAGGAUGAAGCAGAAAACAAGGUGCCCUCUUCCUAUAAAUUCACUCCGCCUCCUUACUACAAACCAAAGCCUCAGAAAAAAGAAAGUGCCUUUGAGGAACACAGGAAGGUGAAUAGUAAUGCUGAAGACAAUGCAAAACCAAGGUCAGUUAGGAAAACCCCAAGACCACCUGCAGGUAGUGACCCGAGGGAUGAAGAAGAGAGGGUAAUGGAUGGGCUUUUGAUGCAUUACAGUCGGAAACAGUCACCCUAUGACAGAAGCAACAUGAAGGGAAGUCUGAAACCUCGCAACAACCAAUCAGAUGAUGAUACUAGGCAUAGAAGCAGCAUGUCUGAAAGAAAUUCCCCAGCUGGCAGAGCAGCAUCUCUUCCACCACCAGAGCCAUCAGCUUCACCUGAGGAAACAAAAAGGAGUGCUCAAGCCAGUUCCUUCCAACCAGAGGCACAUGUACACCCGAGACUACCAGAGUAUGAUGACUUGGCAUCCCGGAUUGCAGCUCUUAGAGGAAUAUAAUGCAUUGAUAGCUUAAAUUGCAGCUCUUGCAAUAAACAUAGAAGAAGGCCAGCAUUAGAAGUGUGUUGUAAAAAUUUACUAGGUCUAUGUCUGGUAUCAUCAUAUCUACUAUAGGGACUCAUAGUCAUCAUUCAGUAGUUUACUCCAUCACAUCUGAUUGUAGACAUCCUCAA